CCCUCACUUUCGCGACCACAUUAAUAUGACACACAAACUCCAAGGUCAACUCUGUCUUUUCACGCCGCAUUCUAAUUCUUCUCCUCUUCACAUCCACCACCACCACCAUAUCUCACAGUCGAGUUAUUCACUCUCCGUUUUGCAAUGACUCUUAAUCUGUGCACCUCCCCUAAAUUGGUUGGCACCGCCUUCUUCGAUAGUUCUUCUUCAUCGAAGCUAUCAAUUGGUUCAUCUUCUUCAUUUUCUUCUCCUAUUUUAAGUUCAAAGAAUGUUGGUCUCAGGAGCUUAAGCUUGAGAAAGAGUGGAAAUGUGAAUCUGAGUGUGAGAUCGAGCUUGGAAACUGCGGGGCCCACUGUGACGGUGGGACAAGUCACUGAAGUUAACAAGGAUACAUUUUGGCCUAUUGUCAAUGCCGCCGGUGAUAAGACCGUCGUCCUCGACAUGUUCACCCAAUGGUGUGGUCCCUGCAAAGUGAUAGCUCCAAAAUUCAAAGAAUUAUCUGAGAAGUAUUUGGAUGUUGUUUUUCUAAAGCUUGAUUGCAACCAAGAUAACAAGCCCUUGGCAAAAGAGCUAGGACUUAAAGUGGUUCCCACUUUUAAAAUUCUAAAGGACAGCAAGGUUGUAAAAGAAGUAACUGGAGCUAAAUAUGAUGAUUUGGUCGCUGCUAUUAACACUGUUCGGUCUAGCUAAACAAUAUUACUAGUAUAAGUAUUUUCUUGUCUAUGUAAAAAGAUCAUGCUUGAUACCCUCUGUAAGUAUUUUUAAUGCAAUUGUAAGCUGCUGAGUGGAAGAUGAGGAAAUGUCAUCAUGUUAUUGUUGUAAGUUGUAAUGUAAUUAAUUAUUCCCUAUGCCUAGGGAAGAGUUGUUUAAAAUUAUUUCUGUUACGAACAGAUUGCUUUUACUAGUUCUUUUGAAAAGAUAAAACUGUAUGAAAUAAAUAUGAAUUGAGCCA